GUAAGCCUACCCUGGAUGGUUUAGACAUACAGCUAAUUCGUCAAAAUCCUUAUGCAGAAUAUUAAUGGAAUUUUCACUUCUAGAACCCCACUGUUGGCCUCUUUGGAAAAGAGCUUGAGUGGCAUAGCAACAGUAACCAAGGGAGGGAGGGGGACUUUAGAAUGUGUGUGUAAGUCAUCAAAAGCAAAGGCCAAACAAAGGCCAAUGAUGUCACAGAAUGUCAUGAUGUCAUCACCGUCCUUUGAUCUUGGUUAACUUCCCCGGGUCCAGACUUUGAAUCUGCCCAUUUCACCGAGUUGAAUGAAACCGAGUGUAAGGAGUUGACAAUUCUGUCUGAUACCUGCUACUUGUUAUUGAAACAGAACCAAUCUAAGUUUUCUGAGGUUUUAUUAAUGUUAUUGAUUUUUAGUCGAGAAGAUAACAAUAUCACUUAAAGGCACAAACCAAACCGCUUUCUGUCUUGUCUGCCAUAAGUACCAUCCAACCCCAACGGAGGGAACCCAAAAAAAUGUCAUACUUAAACAAAGACUCAAAGGUCCCAAAAGUCCUCAUGUAUGACCAGAAGGAAGGUUAUGACAUGAGACUGCACCGAGAUGACAGCAAACACUAUGAAGGAAAAGGACGGGACAUUUAUGAAGAGGAAAAAUCCAGAGCUGUACCAAUGCGCUCCUCGUCUGUAUGCGGACGCCGUCCCUUUCCCGUCGUCUCCUUAACAGGCCGGCAGUACGCACCUGUGCCAGAAGACAACAGUCAGUAUAACCCAAGGCAACACAAUACCAACUUAGAUAAACAACAAAUUUCACCAGAUGGAUCCAGUUGCAUUCUGUCCAGGGAUGACUGGGAAAGAAUCCAGUCUUUAUUAAACCAGCCCAAGGCCAAAAAGUACACCAGGCAAGAAAUGCUAGACAGUAAUGCUGUGUCUCAGUUUUCCAAAGCAGAGAACAAACGUGUUCAGGUUGACAUGGAAGAAAAGCUGCGGCAAAAAAAAAGUGACGAAGCUGAAAAGUUCAAAAAGCUUCAGGUACCAAAACAAAUUGUGAACGAAAAAUUGGCAGUCAGUAAAAAGAAGCAGGCUGCCACAUCGACCCAUAAGCAGGUGGAGAAAUUAUCCAAGGCAACGGUUGAGCAAGACGCUAAAGUGGCAAAGCAGCAAAAGGACAAGGAGGAGAAUAGGGCUGCUAUGCUCAAGUCUAUUUUUGCUUACAGAGACAAAAAGGCACAGGAGAAAGAGCAAAACAAGAAGGAAGAGCAACAGAGCAAACUGGACUGGUUCCAGGCCAAGAAAGCGUCUGACAGGUUGUUUCUCGAAGAGAAAAAACAAAAGGCUAAGAGGAACACUGACAAUAAAAUCAAUUGUCGAGACAUCAAUGCCACUAUUACGGCUGAAAAACACGCCCGUCUUAAACAGCUGAAGAGAGAGGAUCGGGAUGCUGCACAAAAGCAAGCAGAACAGAUUGCUGAGAAGGACAAACAAGUCCAGCAGUAUGUCCAACGGGAACUUCACAAGGCUGCAGACAAAGAUGUUCAGCAACUUUUAGCUGCAAGCACAGGAAGGCGUGGUGUCAUUUCUGAGAUGGGGGAGCCCAGCUACUACAGUAUAAGAAGUGAUGAGCCAUUGCCCAGAUUUGCCACUGACCAGACCCGUUUAAUGAAACAGUAUCUGGAACGCAACAGCCUGCAGCUCGGCAUGGAUACAAAGCCUGUACAUCUGCCAUCCAUUUCCAGAGCAGCCCAUCUGAAGUCCAACAACGCUUCAGCAGCAAAGGAAGUUACAGUACGCCGUUGUCCUACAGCAUUGCCCAGAUUGAGCACUGCUCAAAACCUGUCUACCAAACAGCACUUGGAAUGUGAUAAGCUGCAGCUAACUAAUAAAGGGGACAGUAUGGUUGACCUGCAGCUGACCCGCUUCCCACCUAUUUCUACAAAAGAAACGCCUGCAGAAAAACACUGUCUCUCUAAGGGUGAGGAGAGGUUCCUAUACCAUUUGGAGACGGGCGAAUCAUUGCCCAUAUAUGCCACUGAGCAAACCAGGUACAUUAAACAACGCCAGGAGCGCAACAAGCUGCUGCCAAGGAGGCCUUAAAUGGCCAAUCUACAACAUUCCUGUUUCCCACAUCAUUCUUCUACAUUUCCUCCUUUUCCUCUUUCCUCUCUCCCUUCAUUUCAAUUUCUUCAGGACAACAUCAGUGGUGAGCACUGAUGCCUAACAGCAAGGUUCUGGUUGGUCCGGACCUUUCUGUGUGGCGUUUGUGUUCUCGCCAUGUUUGAGUGUACUCUGGGUGAUCCAGUUUCCUCCCACAUUCUAGAAAUAUAAUUGUUUAUUUAAAAAUAAACAAACGGAAAAUAAUA